CUAGCCUGGGAACCUCCAUAUGCCGAGGGUGUGACCCUAAAAAGAUAAAAAUAAAUAAAGAGGAAUGAAGUCCUGAUACAUGUUAGGAGAUGUGGAUGAACCUCUAAAACACGCUAAGGGAAAGAAGCCAGUUACGAAAGUCCACACAUUGAAUGAUCCCAUUAACUACAUCAGACUGGCAAGUAUUAUGAAAGAGUAUCACAUAUGAUGCUUGAAAUAAUGCCAAAAAUAGUCUUUUCACGCAUUGCCGCCUAGAAUUUAAAUUUAGCUAAAUAUUUUUGCCAAGCAUAAUGCCCAUAUUUAUAGUAUUUUAAAUAUUUAUACUCUUUGACUUCCUGGUCUUUCUUGCAUGUCAUAGAGAUAAUAUAUAUGUGACUACACUUGAGAGAUAAUUGCAGCAAAAGGAAAAGGGAACGGGAAAAAUGUCUGUGAUGCUCUAUCGAUUGCAAAAAGCAAGUGUCAAAGUAAUGAUCCGAUGUGACACAAUUUUUGUAAAAUCAAACAGCAGUAAAUGUAUAUAUGUAUGUAUCUUUUCAUAGAAAUACACGUGGAAGAAUAUAUACCAAACGGUUAAUAUCUUUGGGGAGGUAGGCAGCAGAUAAUUAUAGACUUUCGUUUUUGUGUAUAUUGUUGUAUUGUUUCGUUAGUGUUAAUGAAGGCUUAUUAACUUUUGCAAUUUGAAAGACAGAGAAUACUUCUAAUUUAAAAAGAAAGGAUGAGUGGAGGAACGCGAAAGGAAAGGACUGAGCUGUUUUCGAGGCCAUUUCUGUGUGCGCUCCUCUUACAGACAGUGCGGCCCUUGGAGUCGCCUCUACAUGGAGAAUUACAGUAGCCCUGUUGUCAGUGAUGAGUCAGAGUGCGUGGUGCUGAUGCUGCUGCCAUUUCAUCACCUCUGCGAGCGCAGCAUCCAUCCCUCUGCUCUCUCUGCUCCUGGGCCUACCUCGCCUCAGGCUUCCAGGCCAACGAUGCGCUCGCGGCCGAUCUAGAUCAGGACCCAGCCGCACUCUCCGAGGCCUCGGCCGGGCGCCCCGUCUCGCCGCGCACGGCCCGGGGCACGGAGACCUGCCGAGCCCAGCCAUGGAGGCCAUCUGGCUGUACCAGUUCCGGCUCAUUGUCAUCGGGGAUUCCACGGUGGGCAAGUCCUGCCUGAUCCGCCGCUUCACCGAGGGCCGCUUUGCCCAGGUUUCAGACCCUACAGUGGGGGUGGAUUUUUUCUCCCGUCUGGUGGAGAUCGAGCCAGGAAAACGCAUCAAGCUCCAGAUCUGGGAUACUGCGGGUCAAGAGAGGUUCAGAUCCAUCACUCGGGCCUACUACAGGAACUCAGUCGGUGGUCUCCUCCUAUUUGACAUUACCAACCGCAGGUCCUUCCAGAAUGUCCAUGAGUGGUUAGAAGAGACCAAAGUCCACGUUCAGCCCUACCAAAUUGUUUUUGUUCUCGUGGGUCACAAGUGUGACCUGGAUACACAAAGGCAAGUGACUCGCCAUGAGGCAGAGAAACUGGCUGCUGCCUACGGCAUGAAGUACAUCGAAACCUCAGCCCGAGACGCCAUCAACGUGGAGAAAGCCUUCACAGACCUGACCAGAGACAUCUAUGAGCUGGUUAAGAGGGGGGAUAUUACCAUCCAAGAGGGCUGGGAAGGGGUGAAGAGUGGCUUUGUACCAAACGUGGUUCACUCUUCGGAAGAGGUUGUCAAAUCCGAGAGGAGGUGCCUGUGCUAGUCGGCCCUUUAGUCCCCGACUUGCCGCCUCCUGCCUGAACUUCAAAGGGGUCGGAGCGCCGUGUGACUCGAGAGCCUCCUCCCAAGGGGCCCUCUGACGGGCGCAGGGUGGGGGGCUGGCUGGGGGAGCCUGGGUGCUUGACCGAGACUGCUCUGCGGGCCGCCUGUCGCGGAGCUAGGUUUGGGGAGCUAGGUCCCAGGAAGGCUCAGCCACAGACAGGACAGCGACCUCUUGGUGUUUCGGCUCGUUCAUAAAUGACAUGUGAAGGGGAGAAAAGCGUCACGUUGGCAACAAUGAGAAAAACAAAACGGGCAAAAAACCCAUGAGAUCACCUCGAUCGGUGAGGAUGUGCUACAGCGAACGCGUGUGCUGUGCGGGGUGGAAAGGUACCCGUCCGCUUCUAAGCAGCUCGCCUGCAAAAGGAGGGCUGGGGACCAGCUAUGCACUAAAACCCCGCCGGUCAAGACGGUGUGAAUGCGAAAGCGGAGGCCAUUUGCACGCUGUCGUGGUCACAUUUUUAAAAAGUACGCCCUUGUGAUCGAAUAACCAGCUGUGUGUGAGAAACGGUCCCGGGCAGAGUGUCAGGCCAGCAGCCGCGGGAAACACUCCCACCCGAAUGUCCUGCCCUCUCCCCGUGCCUGGGCUUGCGCCUCCCUGGCACGUGCAGCCCCCAAGUAAACAACCCACCCAUGUCUUCAGGUACCCGGCGGCAACCACACAGGGACUGCCUUGGAAAAGAGCCCCGAGGGCCUGCUUGGCAGGAGGCGCGGCCACCCCUGCACACACGUCAGGGUUAUUCCAAUUACCGACUUGUUCACUAUAACAGGCCGUGAGGUUUCCGUCCCCAUUUUACAAGAAGCGAAAAAUAGUAAAAAACUAGGAGGCAGGAGACGCACUUGGCCCAGGUGAAGGUCUCCUGACUCCUGGUUCUGGUUUUACUGCACAUCCUGCUGUCCGAUGAAUAAACUGUUACUGAUUUGUUUACUUUGCAAGAGACAUGCCUGUAAAUAAAUAUCCUCUACCCUUUAGGAUAUGUUUCCUCUUUGAUUACACCUCAGCUAUAAUCCCGAGGGAACCUGUGGACGGAUCGAAGGUCAAGCCCACUCAGGGACUAUUGACCAGAGGAUUUUCCACGAGUGAGUAGCCGCACAACUGGAAACACAUGACAACUGUGUGUGCGCUGUACGUGUUCGUAGCCCUGAAACACAGCGGAUACCUUACGGAAGGGAACCAAGUACAGCACUGGGGAGUGGGGUGGGCAUAAAAUACUCGCCUCCCAGUGACCUUGGCCACUUGUUUGCCGUAUAACACUGGGUUCCUGUCUACCUUGGAAAGCCAGCUCCUAAUCCUCAGGUGAACAGCCAGCCAACUGCAUCCCAAAACUGGAAUGGUUGGCUUGAGGUUCCGUUCGAUUCUUGAAGAGGUGAUGCUUUAAAUUAAUUUUUGAAUUGUAGCCAGUUCAGCUAGGCAAAAGCCAUACUUUUCAGUGUAAGAACCCAAUUCUGAUUUAGAGUCAGAGUUCUCACAUCCAUUGUGAUAGGCUAGGAAAGCCUGAGGACGGUGAAUUGCUUUGAAAUAUGGUAUCGACCUUCCUGAUGAAUGUAACUGAAUCUGACAUUUUGAGGAUUUACUUCAGCCAGAAUAAAGAAGCCAAAUAAUAAAAAUGAUGGAAACAAACCACCUUGGACCUACCUGCGACAUCAGCUCCAAGGAAACCAGUCAUCACCUCUACGUUCAUUUAACGCGACCCGGCUUAAGCAGAGCAAUUCAGGUGCCAUUUUUUUGGUUGUAGAAGGCAAAUAAAAGAUAAUAAAUAAUUUGGGUGAACACAGAGUUUCCUCAAUUACAAUACCAAAUUACGUUUAGAUGAUUCUGAAAGCAAGAUUAUCCAGUGGAUAAAUGAGAGUUGACUGGAUUCUGUCAGUUCAAAAAAAAAAAAAAAAAAAAGAUAGAAACAAACUCUCUGUACUUUUCUUCACUUAAAUAACAUCAUAUGUAUACUUUUCCCAUUCCUUGCAUUUUUAGGCAGGUUUAAAAAUACUCAGCAUAGACCCAGCGGAAGUGGCUGAGCUUAAUUGCUUAAACAAGUUCUAGAAAUUUUAAAAGUCUUUUAAGUAGAAUUCAGUGCUGUCGUCACUGAAGUAAGUGGGUUUUAGGAAAGGUGUGAAAAAAUCAGGUAUUAAUACAAUAUUAAGGAUAGAGCUUUAGAAGCUCUCUUACUGCAUGUUGGAUUAGAUUGUCUCAUAUUCCCGAAAAAAAAAUGUACUGUUUCCUUUUCCUCACUUUGUCGUGCACUGUAAUGAAAUGUGAAAAAAAAUGUUUUCUUCAGCUGUAUGUGAAUGAAAAUAUGCCUGUAUUUAGUAAAACGAUCGAUUAUGUGACUG